ACUCACGUUAGCUAGCAACACUGAUGUCAUCGGUCAGACAGCAGCUACUGGAUGUCGCGAAAGCCCUCUGCGACGAUUUUGCGCAGAAAGAGAGCAUAGGCACCCUCCUGUCCCACUUUUCAACUACAGGAGAGUGUAUCGCACUGGAGCACGGCGUGGGUGCGGUUGCGCCCUUUGUCGGGAGAACGUUUCGUGGACUGGAGGGAGUCCACAACUACUUUUCGCUGGUUUCCUCAUGCCUCACUUAUGAAAACAUGUCCUUUGGGGACUAUUUCGUUGACACGGAAGUUCGGAAGGUCUCAGUGACAGGUCAAGCUACGUUCACUUGGAAGGAAACAAAUGAGAGCUGGGAUGAGACCUUUGCCUACGUCUUGGACUUCAACCACGAAAACAAGGUUUACCGCUAUCAGGUAUGGGGCGAUACUGCCGCUGCCUAUCUUGCAAGGAAGAGUGGAUUAACGGAGGUCAUCUCUGGUGUUCCGUUGGAGGCUUCAAAGAAAUAAGGGAGCACGCCGACCGGCAGAUGUUUGGAUGCGAGUUAAAAGCUUCGUUUACUGACACUGUAUUUCCUAGUAUUUUCCAGGGACUCUUAUCGAUCGUGCAGCCAUGGGCUCCUUGCAACUCGUGGCUAUUCGUUACUUAUCGCAGCCAUGUCAAUACAUCUGGUAUUUUCCAAUGAUCGCAAUUCUCUGGGCAAAACAUAAAGUGACGAUGUCCUGACCGACAAUGGGUUACUCUUGGCUGUGGCUUUUCAUCGAUAAUAAUUCUCGUCGCGCUUGUCACUACGCUGGGGGGAGGGGUCCUCAUGGCCGGCUUGGAGGAUACGACUGGCUCCUGUUCAUAUGACCCCUUUCUGCCUCAGGGUAAAGUACUGCUGUGUAAAUUCUAGAGCGUUGAUCGCGCCCCUGGUCCCUGGCAAUGACAUCUUGAGUAUUUGGGCGGCUCCGUUUUGGCCGUAUUGGUGUUGGC